UGCUUCAGUUUGUGUUAAUUGAGAAUGCACGUGGAAUGUCAAAUGAUUUGUUGAAGUAGCUGAGUUCUUUUACGCUAACUCGAUGCUGCUAGUCAUUGAUUUUUAUCGUUGUUUCAUUAUUUUCAAUGAUUGAAAUUGCUUAAACACGUGAUUUGCACGCGGUACAUUUUACAAUUACACUCGAAGUUACCUCUGAUAAUUCUAUUCAAAUUUCGAUCGCAAUUUGUGACGAAAUAAACAAUCGUCGAAAGUCGAAAGCAUCGACUUAAUCGACGAUGGUCCGAUCGAUCUAAUCGCUGAUCAAUGUGCCUUACUAAUAAGUCGCUAGAAGGUUCAUGUGGAAUUACUUUCGGCUGGAGAACGAGCAUCUGUACAACGUAGGCAAGUUCCGGGCAGUGCGAGAUAUCUCCAUAGGGCCUAUUAGACGCGACGAGGAUAAUGAUCUCGGGAACAUGAUUCAUCUGAUGGAUAGUCUAUGCGAGGACGAUGACUACGGGAACGGUGAUGACAAUGAUGAUGACGGAUUAACGUUCCAAGACCAGAGUGUUGUAAUUUGCCUUUUUUAAUUUCUUAUUUUUUUUAUGUUUAAUUAUAUAUGUGUAUAUUUUUUAAUUCUGACGAAAUAAUGGCUAGAAAUUUUAUAGCGCACAAUACUCUCUAAUCGUAAAACGUAAUGUUACUUUCAGCAAA